ACAUGUGAACAGCUGUGUCUUUUGCAAAAUUUCUUUCCAUUACCAAAUAAAACUAACAUACAAUUCGUGAUAUUAAAAAAAUACUCUUUAGGCAUGUAAGGUUAUUAAGUCAAUUUAUCCAAUUAACUUUAAUGUCAUUGGUGGAAAUCUGUUAUACUCUGAGUCACUGUCAAUUAAAGAGUGCUGAUUUCAAGGCUGGAAUCAUAAAAGAAGCAAUUGAUGGUGUAUAAUGGUGAUUAUUUUUUAUAAUAAUGGUGGAAGAGAAUGAUCACACGUACGGGAGGAGUCAGAAUAAAAAUACGCUGCUGAAAAUUGUUAUCUUGGGAGAUGGUGGCGUGGGCAAGUCUUGCCUGAUGAGCAGAUUUAUAUCCAACCAUUUCGAUGACCACAGCUUCCACACGAUAGGUGUCGAGUUUAUGAAUAAAACGGUACAAGUUAAUGGAAAAGACUAUACAUUGCAAGUAUGGGAUACCGCCGGCCAGGAACGUUUCAAGUCUCUCCGUACACCUUUCUACAGAGGAACAGAUAUUUGUAUACUGGCCUAUGCCAUAGAUGAUCGGAGUUCUUUCAACAAUAUUAAAAUGUGGCUCAAUGAGUUUCUUCACUAUGCCGGUGUUAAGAAUGGAAUAGAGAAGUUUCCCUUUAUGGUUGUCGGAAAUAAGUCGGAUGUAUCAUCAAAAGACAGAGAAGUGCCUCAAGACAGUUUGAAGCGGUGGUGCGAUGAUAACAAGAUAGCUACUUACAUAGAAACUUCAGCAAAGAGCGACAACAAUGUUUUCGAAGCAUUCUCUAUGGCCGUCCAAAGAUGGCUUGAAUUAGAGCAACAGGCGGAAAAAGAGCUAAGUAUGCUGCAUCACCCCGAUACUGUCACCUUACACGGUUCGAGGACCAGAUCAGCGCUGCGAGCCACUUGUUGCUCUCGGUUCAGCGACGUAUGAACACCUGUCAAUUGUUUAUAAAUACACAUAGCCGUAAUUUCAGCGGACGUUUUGUACGAUCAAACAUUAUACAGUUCAUCAGAUGAUUGCCAUAUGCGACUUUUAGACUGGCUCUUUGAUUCAUUGAUUUAUUGCCAUGCCCCAUCCUCUUUGUAAAUGUGCCAAUCAGUGCGGAGUUGUAUAAGGCAAUCGAUUGAACUGAAUAAUGUGUGACCGCCGGUAGAAUACAUGCGAUUUCUAAAUGUGACUGCUAAAAUAAAAAUUCUAAAUUUGGAACCUACCGACAUGUUUCUACAUUCUAAAAUAAAUCGGCCAGUACGUAAUUAACCUCUAGGAUGUACUCUCUCGCACUAUGAGGUAUUAGGAAUAUGUGAGCGAGACAAAACGUCUUAGUCACUUACACUUGUUAGUAAUCUCAAAAGAGUUUUAAUUAAAUUCCAAAAAAAUAAGACUGUAAUAUACAUAUACACGAAUGUUCGUGUUGUUAUCUCAAACAAUAUUACAUUAUUUGUACCUAAUAGAACUAGUGAUCUUAUUAGAUUUACGUAACAGUAAAAUAAUUUAAGACAUUAUUAUAAUCAUUCGACCAUUUUAUAUAUUAAUAAGUAAGAAGUAUAGAACGAAAAAAUGGUGCCUCUAUUAUAUCUGAUUAGCUAAAUAAUUGCAUUGUUUUUACGACUUUAUUUCAAACGGAUGAUGCUUAAUAUUGCCUAGUUACUCAUGUAUAUUCUUAUGACCACUUAAUAGUGUGAUAUUGUAAUUGGCAGUUUAAGUGAAUCUGAGUGUGAUUUUUGAGCACAAUAAUGUAUAUGUAAAUAUAACUUAUUUAUUUACUUAGUGACUAAACUUGGCCGCUAAGAAAACUCCUUUUAAGAUGUUAUGUUUUCAUAAUAUGUCAGAUUUUUGAGGGUGCGUCUCCUCAAACACUAUUUAUGAAAACAUAAUAAAAUAUUGAACACAUACACAACAAUGGUAUAGUGAGUUGUGGGUAAUUAAUUAUACAAAUGUUCUAUUUGCACUACCUAUUAUUAUAUAUUCCCAUUCUUUUUGUUUAGGGGUUUGGGCUAAUACUAGAUGUUUUGACAUUAGCUCUUUGACCUACGGAGAUCUAUUUAGAGUUCACUACUUAAGUCCGUUAGGGAUAAAAAUUAAAUAUAUUCUUAGGAGCUUAUAGCUUUUAUCUCCUCGAAAUAGUGUAUGCUGUUGAAAAUAAAUAAUUCGUAAAUGAAUGAGUGGGCUACAACCAUAUAAGAUUAUAUUUACAUUCCCUUAUGUUUUAUCAAGCGUAAAUUAAGAUUUUAGUAGAUAUUUUCUCAUUAGACUAUACAGAUAGUUAAUUCAUGAAAGAAUCUUUGGUUGUGAUAUUGGUUGCUUUUUUAUUUAUUUAUGUUUUUUCUUGUAAAUAUGUUCCAUUAUUACUUAAUUGAUUUUAUUUAUACAUAUGUAUA